AUGUUAAGCGCGUACUAUCAAUGUCUGUGUGCCUCAUCCUGCUUGCAUAAGCCUUGCCCUCUAUCGCGCCUUCGCUGUCUGAAAUUGCUCCUUCUGACUGAGGUGCGUAAGAAUCUAAAUGAUGAGUGUUUGCUUCGAGUGCAAUAUAUUUCUGAGGAAGGAUGCAUGCGUGUGCAAAGCAGAAUGAUGCAGGAUAGUGUUUGGUUUGAGUCAUAA